UCUCUCUCUCUCUCUCUCUCUCUCUCUCUCUCUCUCUCUCUCUCUCUCUCUCUCCGAUUAUUGUUAUAUCCGGUGAAUCCAUCGGCCGUUAUCUCAUCAUCUCAACUGACACCGGCUCUCCCGGCGCAUUUGGAUCAUUAAAUCGGCGAUUUAGGAUUUAAUAUCUGAUAUUUUCACCCAAUCUCCGAGUCUUUUCAUCAACUCUGACAAAAUCCGUCAGCAAUCUAUUUUUCAUGGUAGGAAUCUCAUUAUGUAAGUACUAAUUGAUGUUAUUUGAUUUCUCUUUGAGUGUUUUGAAAUUAGGGUUCAUAGAUUUGGGAAAUUUCGGGUUUUUCGUAGUUAGUGAAAUUAGGGUUAUUUGAAGCAAUUAUUAGUAUGUUUCUGUGUUCUUAGGCAUGAUUGUAAUUACGGUAAACGUAAUUUGCCAAGAGUACUACCGAUUUCAGGCAGAGAUAGUUCGUUUCCAUCAGUUUUGUAAUUGUUUUGAUUCAUACAUGGUGUGAGCUUAAAUUUAUUCAUAAAUUUGAAUAGUUUUUGUUUUUAAACGCAUGAUUUUUUGGUUUGUUUGAGAAGUUCGUUUGUAAAUGAUAAGGUUUUGCUAAUUACCACAUGAAAUUGAUCAAAACUUUUGUGUUUUAUUAUGAGGGUAAAAGGAGGAACUUGGACUGAUGAAUUGAGAUGGAAACUGCAAUUCAUCAACCACUGAAGAAAGUCAACAAGAAACCACAUGCCUUCAUCCCAAUACUUAAUGAGUCAGAAUCACCAAGUAUUGUAGUUGGUGAAUCUGAAGUCUCUGUCUUCAGCAUCCAGUGGUCUGAAGCUCCAAGUCAAGGUGAAAACAACAAUGCUAACCGCAUACCAAGAAAGAGAAACAAGUUGUCAAGGAAAAAAGAUGUGGUGCUAAUCUCUGCGUGGUUAAACACAAGCAAAGAUGCCAUAGUAGGUAAUGAGCAAAGAGGAGACGUUUUCCGGAAGCGCAUUGCAGCCUAUUUUGCAGGUAGUCCCCAAGUUUCUUGUCUGAAAAAGAGGCUGCCAAGUCACUUUAAACAAAGAUGGGGAAAGAUUAACGAGAAUGUAUGCAAGUUUUUGGGAUCCCAUCAAGCUGCAACAACUCAGAUGGCGAGUGGACAAAAUGAUAAUGAUCUGAUGAAGCUAGUCCACCAAAUUUGUGAAAGUGAUUACAAGAAGAAGUUCACCAUGGAUUCUGCUUGGAGAGAGUUAAGACAUGAUCAGAAUUGGUGUGCAUCACAGUCUAUUAAAGAGACUGUGAUGAGUAAAAGAAAAAAGGCCGAGGAUGGUGCUGCACAUUCUUCAGGCUCUAAUCCAAUAAGCCAUGGAGGGGCUGAAGCUUCCCAAACUCGUCCACCUGGUGUGAAGGCUGCCAAGGGUAAAGGCAAAAGAAAUGCCAACAAUUCACCAAAUGUGGAAGGAGAAAGGAAUGCAUUGGAAAGGAUCCAAAGUUUGUGGGAAAUAAAGUUAAUCAAAUAGAUGAAGGACAUGUUCACGUGAAAAGAAUCGGACAAAGACAAAGAGUACAUGGAGACAGACCACAUAUUUUUUUUUGUCAAUGUUUGUAUUUGUGUUUGUGUCUUUGUUUUUUAUUUUCUACUUAAUCCCAAAAUUCAUCUUUGCUACUUAAUCCAAAAAUUCAAAUCUUUUCUAAUUUUUUUUU